CAUGUCCUUGUUCCUUCCUUCCUUGCUUCCGUUAUCUUCGUGCAGUGAUCAUGGCCAUGUCACACUAUGAUCGUGAGUCCGAACAAUAUCUGACUGACCCAGAGACUGAGGAUGAGUCGGACGUCGAUUCUUUGAUCAGCGCAGGACCUGCCGACGACUACUUUCAGCAAAGAUUUAACCGCCAAGAUCGUGCCAUCGAAGAUAGUUCAUCGUCACCCGGGGCUGAGAGCAAAGCGAGGGAAGCGGCAGAGCAUCGAACCAGCAGUGCACCGGCAGCACAACCCAGACCGGUCGAGUGGACAAUGUCUGGCCCAGAGGCCCAUACAGAAGCUCCACCGCCGACAUACGAGAGCAUCUCAAAUGACAGAGCAAUGCCGAUGUCACAACAACACGAAGUGUCAGGACGCGCAGUGCACUACGGCAGCGCAUUCACACCAGCUGCAAUACACAGCAUCUCUACGCGAGAGCAAGGUGGAGCUUUACCACAGAGCAUGCGGGACAAUGCCACGAGUGAGCCGGACGAAGAGACUGGUCUUCUCGGUUGGUCAAAAAAUAAGCGGACUCGUUCACGCAUCUCAUGCUGCCGUUCACUUUCAGUCUGCAACGCUGUGCUGGGCCUUGCAGUGGUCAUGUUCAUUCUCGCGAUUUUUGGUGCGAUGAUUGACGACAGUACAAGCGACGAGCCGCAAGACGAUGGAGGUGAUUAUGAUGGAAGCCCAGCCAGGCCCCCGACAGCACCAUGGGUACCAGGAGCCUCGUCAUGCAGUCCCAAUGCUGCCGAUGCGGCAUUCUCGCUCGACUUCGAACAGCUCCAAAACUUUACCUUCCUCGAGCUGAUGGAGAAUUCAGCUUACUUCAAUGGCCAAAUCAAAGGGCAUAUCCAAGUGCGACCAGCGAAGACGUCACAAAGCCCAGACUUGAGGGUCUCCAUUUCAUAUUCCACUUCGCCGCAGUGGCAAGUUCAGAGCUCGAAUUAUGUCAAAACGGCCGACAGUCUCAGUCUGCAGCUCCCCUCGCUAGAGACAUCAAGCAUCUCUCGCUCGAGCCCAUGCAUCGGCGUGUACGUGAACAUUGACGUACGACCUGGAAUCACCCUGGAUAAUUGGGAGCUCGUCACUGGCAACUUGAACAUCGAGGUUGACGAUGGCCUCUUCAACCGCAGUCCCGAUCUAGAAACGUCCGCAGACCUACAGAUGACAGGAUCUUCCAGCUUUAAUGCAAUCCACGGCAACGUGAACAUUGGUUACUGGUCCUCUCGGAGGACUGAAGUUGAGACGAUUUCCGGGAGCAUUCGCGGGAAAUACGCAUUGCGUGAUUUGCUCCAUCUCAAGUCUCAGUCCGGCUCAAUAGACGUGAACGUCGACCCAAAGCGCGAAGACAGUAAGCACCCGGCAUCAGCCGAGUUCUUGGUUCACACGAGCUCAGGGAGCGUCAAAGUGAACACCCCUACAUCAGGAAACAUCCCAAUUCGCAAUUAUCAGACUCGAAUCGAGACUUCAUCGGGUUCGAUAACGGGUGACUUUAUUUUGGGGAUGUUGAACAGUUUCCACACCCAAUCUGGCACCGUGCGGGCAACGUUAUUACCAGUUUACGACUCCACCGAAAUUUCGUUCCUGCAUACUGAUACGAAAUCAGCGUCACAAACUCUUACCAUUCUUCCGCCAUACUCUUUUCCAGGAGAUUCAUUCGCCCAGCUGCGUUCAGAUCACAAGUUCUUCUCUACGAGCGGCACACUGCAUCUACAGUAUCCCGACGAGUGGGAGGGUGAUAUCUAUGGAGACACUACCAGCGGCAGUGUUCGUAUUCGAGGUAAGGACGUGGAAUUCUCCAGCGCGCUGGAUGGCGCUGGCUCCUGGCCAUGGGGCAAACACAUUCAAGCUCGAAAGGGCAAUGGCAAGGGCAGGUUGAAAUUCACGACUGUCAGCGGCAGUGUCGACUUGCGAAUGGGGGAGUUGUGAUUACAGGCUCUUGUUGUACGAUCGGUCACGGGUAAUGAAAUCAUGAGCAAACGCAUGCAGAACGGAGGGUCAGAGAAGCAGGCGCACAAUUCAGGUGCUC